AUGGCUCCCCACGCAAUCGUGUUCGAUCUUCUCACAGCCCUCCUGGACAGCUGGUCCUUAUGGGCCGAAGCGGCAAACAAUGACCGCGAAGCAUCGUACCGAUGGCGCACAAGAUACCUGGAGUUAACCUUCGGCUGCGGCGCAUACCGUCCGUAUGAAGAUCUCGUCUACGAAUCGGCCAGGGAUGCCGGCCUUCCGGACAGUGCACCCAAAGCGCUGAUCGAGGAUUGGGAUCGGAUGCGCCCUUGGCCCGAGACCAAAGAAGUCCUCCUGCAACUGAAGGAAAAGGGAUAUCGCCUCGGAGUGGUCUCCAACUGCUCUGUAGAACUCGGUCGGCGAGCUGUUGCAUUGUGUGGUGUGGAAUUCGAUGCGUUCGUGACAGCGGAAGACGCCGGCUUCUACAAGCCUCAUCCGAAACCAUACGGGUCGAUCCUGUCGGCCUUGGGGGUCGAACCCAAAGAUGCCCUAUUUGUCGCGGGCAGUAAUGGCGAUGUCGUCGGCGCAGCUGCGGCCGGUAUGGAUGUUGUGUGGCAUAAUCAGAUUGGGCUUCCAAGCCUCCCCGGCUCGAAGCCGCGCCUGGAAGGUCGCUCUUUACAUGUCGUUCUAGAUCACCUCCGUCGGGUGGAGCCGACCUCGAGUUCGAGGGCAUCUAGUCGAUCAUCAUCGCGACUUUAG